AUGGCUGAUGACACGGAUGAGGAGUCAUCCAAAUUGGAGAAAAAAUCAGAGCACAGAAAAUCCAGCAUACGAAAUCGAUUCAGUUUAUUUUCUUGGGGAACCAAAAAGGUGAAAGAAGAUCCAGCGGAACCAGGACAACCUAUUUUGACUUCACACACAAAUGACUGGCACCUGGCAAAUCCCGAAAAGGAAUCCAUCACCAUUGUACUGCACAGUGCCUCCAACCUGCCCUCAACCCGCAAGGGAAAUGUUCCCCGCCCGUACGUCAUUGUCAAAACCACUUCAGAUGAAGACAGCAAACAGCCAACUCAGGGAGUGACCCAUGUCCCUGAACAACCAACUUACGCUCCAGCCUGGGAAGAAAGGGUGACAGUGGAAAUUGACUCCAUCAAGGCAGGCGAAGAAGAUGUGUCUCUCACUAUAGCUGACAAGGACACCAAGGAAGUUCUUGCAAAAUACAACAUUCCUGUAAAAUACCUACGUCCCUUUCAUCAUUAUCACUGUGCCCUGGUGCUGCCUCGGAAGAAGGACCCAACAGGAACCAAGUUAUAUGCUUCCAUCAUUCGUAAACGCAGCCUCAUCCCACGCUAUGCUGGAGUGACCUACACAGGGCUGGAGGUUUUCCUCAAGGGAAUCAAUGAGCCUCUUUCACAUCCUGAUGGCAAUAUCAAAGCUGUUGCUAGAAUAGUAAACAACAUUGGAGCUUACACAAAGCAGAUGGAAGCUCGGUUACCGGAUGCUCCGGCAGUUCCCUUGACUGUGGUGAAUUUCCCAGAUCCUGUAAUAGAGGAUUUUGAUGUCCCACGGGUCAACAACCAUGGAUACCCACAGGUUUCUUCACUUGGUGGGCCUCCUAAACAACCCAUGUGGAAUACAUCCUACUUGUUUCAAGGAAGGGAUGGUGCUACUGCUUUCUCAGACGAUACUGCCUUGCUAAUUGAAUACUACAAAUCAACACCAGGAGAAGAUCUGGAAGGCACAUCAAAGUUUUUAGGUUUCUCCGUGCUGCCACUGACCAACCGGGUUUACCGAAAGCUUGUGGCAGAUAGCAGCAGAAAUGGAAUUAGGGUAGAAAACCUACCCAUCCAGGAUACCAAUAUGAAAACCACGUCUGGUGGAAUCCCAACUGUCCAACUUGGUCUUCACUUGAUCAAUUCAGAGAGGCCAGAUGUAUUUUUGACUUCAUCAACCACAAGUGGUCUUCCCGUCCUGGAUCCAAAGUUGGUGGGACAGCUUGGGACUAUCAAGGAACCAUGGACAAGACCAUCUUCCAAAACCGAACAGAAGACCUCUGUCGUUUCAGCCAUAGAUGAUGGCUCUUACAUUGAACCUGAUCGUAAGUCUUCCUACUCUGACCUGGUAGAGAUGCAAAAGAAGGGGUUGCCAUCACAUGAUGCUGUAGCCAAGAUCCUGCCUGAGAAACAUAUCAUCAGGCCAGUCAUUGAAGAGGUCCAAGAACUGGAAACAGACAAUUACCGCACAGCCCUGCAAAAGAUGGCGGAUGACAUCAUGUCUUUGCGCCGUCAUGUUUCCACACUGGAGGCGGAAAACAGUGCAUUGAGGCGUAACCUCUCCUUGCAUGAGGAUGUCGGCCGGGCCCUCUUUCAAGACAUUGACCUGGAUGUUAUGACCAAGGCAGAAAUAGUCGACAGAAUACUGCUUCUCAAGCACAAAUUAUCUUCUGGGGCUCGGGAGAUGGCCCGGAUGAAGGAUCGGGUACAAAGACUGCAAAACGAACUGAUUCGGAAAAAUGACAGAGAAAAAGACUUGGUGAUGUUGCAAAGAGCUCAUCAACAGCAGCAGAUGGUGCUUCGGAAAUACCAAGCCAAGAUAGCCAAGAUGCAAGCCCUUGAGGAUGCAGUCAGACAGCAGGAAAAGGUAAUCGAGAGGAUGGAGAAGAUGCUGGAAGAAAAGAUGAAGGAACAGUUCAAAGAAAUCCAUUUUGGAGAUUUAUCCAGAAAGACUGUCUCAGGUGACAACUGGCCCAAAGAUCUCUACUCCACCCUGUUGAUGGAGAACAUGAGGCUACGGGAUGAACUGGGGAAAUCUUCUUUUCGUUCACCCAUCAUAUUGCAGCAGCAGGCAUUACCAGAGGCGUUUUCCAGCUCAGAAAAGCUCUCGUUGAUCUCAAAACUGGAGAAGGCUGAGGCACGCAUCCUUGCCAUGGAAUGCCAGCUGGAGGACUCUGCCAGGAAGUGGGGGCGAGAGAAGCAGAAUUACAGCACUCGUCUGCUUGAAAACGACCUUAGGUUUGACCAGUCGCCAUCCUCGAUCAUGAUUCAUGAUCUUUUUCUGGAUGAGAAGGAAGGGAGAGGGGAUGAAGAACAGAAGAAUGCAAAGUCAGGGAAGGACACACAGAAGUAGUCAAUUAUGGGGCCGAAUCUGCUUAUAGAAACCACAUUCACCAAUACAACUCAUCGGAGUGCACACCCUUUGACUUAGUUCUGGGAAACCCUGGAAUUCUACCUACUACAG